AUGUACGAAGCUACAGUCUCCGCUCCAGUCAAUAUCGCGUGCAUCAAGUAUUGGGGUAAACGCGAUACCAAACUGAUAUUACCGACCAACUCGUCCCUUUCAGUCACGUUAGAUCAAGAUCAUCUCAGAUCAACGACCACAUCAAGAGCUGACGAGUCAUUCGAGAAAGGAGAUAGAUUAUGGUUGAAUGGUAAAGAAGAAACUAUCAAGCAAGGUGGUAGAUUAGGUGUCUGCAUUUCAGAGUUGAGAGGAUGGAGGAAAAUUGAAGAAGACAAAGAUUCCAGUUUGCCCAAGCUCUCACAAUGGCCUCUUCGUAUCGCAUCCUAUAACAAUUUCCCAACUGCAGCAGGAUUGGCUUCGUCCGCAUCAGGAUUAGCUGCACUGGUGGCAUCUUUAGCUAAAUUAUUCCAAUUACCUCAAAACGCAUCACAAUUAUCGAUAAUCGCGAGACAGGGAUCAGGUUCAGCAUGUCGAUCGCUAUUCGGUGGAUACGUAGCAUGGAGAGAAGGAACUGAAAAAGAUGGAUCCGAUUCAUUGGCUGAACAAAUCGAAAGUGAAACGCAUUGGCCUGAAAUUCACGCAUUGAUUUGUGUAGUGAGUGAUGCUAAAAAAGGUACUUCAUCAACAUCAGGUAUGCAAAGAACGGUAGAAACUUCAACUUUAUUAAAAGAAAGGUUAAACCUGGUCCCAUCAAGAAUGAAUGAUAUUUCGCAAGCUAUCAGAUCUAAAAAUUUCGAAAAAUUCGCAAUCCUAACUAUGAAAGACUCAAAUUCAUUCCAUUCAGUUUGUUUGGAUACUUUCCCACCCAUCUUUUACCUGAAUGAUGUAUCGAAAUCGAUCAUUCAAGUGAUAGAAGAACUCAAUAGAUCGUCGGGAAAAAUUAUCGCCGCAUACACUUUUGAUGCUGGACCCAACGCAGUCAUUUAUUCUCUACAAGAAAAUAUCGGAAAAGUGAUUGGCGCCAUAAAGAAAUUCUUCCCCACAGAAGAAGAUAAUCAAGUUGAUCCAUUCAACACGAAGCCAGAAGAACUACCAGUCGACUUUAACGAAAAUGUAGUAAGACAAGGUGGAUGGGAAAAAGGCGCUGUCAAAAGUCUGAUUCAUACAAAAGUAGGAGAUGGACCCAGAACUUUAAGUAAGGAGGAAAGUCUGUUGAAUGAUCAAGGGGAACCUAAAGUCCUGGCUUAA